AUGGAUUGGGAUAAAUACUGGAACCCCAAACUGUACGUGGAGAACAAUUUGGGAGAGCCAAAGGAAACCAUCUGGCAGACCAUGACCUUCAACUGGAAAGGCAAACAUGUUGUUGUUUUUAAAAAGACUGGCGCUAUGAAUAAGUUACUUGCGAAACAUCAAAGGAACUCCCGCGUUUACAUUGGCAGGUGGCGCAAAAUUUCGAUUUUAGGUUCCAAGUUGUUUAGAUGGGACCUAACUCUGACGAUAACAAGCGAAAGAGCGGACAUAGAGCUAGAGUUAGAGGAGGACAACCUGGAAAUAUCAAGUAUCAACGUUCAGUCGUUCGUAGACGAACAGGAAUGGGCACUGCACAGCCACGGCUUCCAGGAGGGCUGGCUUCUACAUAUGGAACAUUUUUCUCGUCAUGCUCUUUAUAUGCAGUCUGACAUUCGCGACGUUUUCAGUGGAGCUGACGAAGCCAGAGAAUCGGCUUCAGCUUUCCUUCAUCCUCCUCCUAACUACCAUCACGUUCAAGACAAGUACAUCUUAACUUCGAUGGCGAUUUUGUGCAGUGUGUGCGUGUGGCACGCCAUCAUACCCCUCUUCAAAAACGACAUAGACCUAGCUAAGGUGGUUGACAAAUGGGGCCUUGGAGUGAGCGCUUCAUCGUACUUCUUCUUCCACGUCUUCUUCUUCAUGUACAUCUACAUCGUGGCACUGAAGAAACGAUGGAAAUACGACCAAAAGGAUAGAGAUCACAAAGAGAGGGUAAAGAAGUUGCAAGCCCAGCAGGACCAAGAAGAACAACAGCAAGAAAUGAUGCAACACCAGUUAGAACAACAAGCCAAAAACAGCAAUCGAUCGUUGAAUCUUGAACAAAAGACUUCACCACAAAGCAAGCAAUCAUCGUCAUCGUCAUCACCAUCAUCAUUUUCUUCAUCACGUCCUCAUCUUCCACAGCAAACUGCAGCAGAGCUGAGUAUUCAACUCUUAAAUUUAGCUUCACAGCAACAAUAUCAGCAACAGCAGCUAUAUCUGCAACAGCAGCAGCAACAACAAUAUCAACAACAUCAGAAGAAAAUGAGCUCUGGUCCAAAUUGUUCGAAGUUGUCGGAACAACAUCCCUAUCACUACCAACAACAACAACAACUUCAACAACAUCCACAACCACAAUUAUUUACAAUCACAACGAACGCAAACAACGCAGGUCCAUCCACUGCCAAUGUAAUAUCGAGCCUAAACAACAACAACAACAACGAUCGACAAUACGGUCAGAAUAAAAAUGUCUUGCAAAUAUAUCACAGACAGUUGCCUCAAGAAGAAUUAAAAUCACCAAGUGACAAUAUUCAGGACGAUAAUGAACAAAAAAAGCAACAACAAAAUGACAAUUCCCAACAACAACAACAACAACAACAACAACAACAACAAUUAUCAUGUGACACACCGCUAGCAAAAAACAAUCAGCAGCAACCACAACCUCAACAGCAGCAGCAGGUGCAGCAACGUCAAGAGCCGCAGCAGCAAACUCCAUCAUUGCAGGUAACUUUCACAAAAGAAAAUAAUCACACGGCAUUCAAUAUAGAGAGCUGAGUUAGACAUGAUUCAGCCUUACAACAUAAGAUAAAUAAAAUAUGAAAAAGUAUCAUCAAGACAUCAUGAAUAACUUUUAUAUGUUAUUAUAUAUAUAUUAUAUUAUAUAUAUAUAUUAUAUAUAUAUAUAUAUAUAUAUGUAUAUAUAUAUAUAUAUAUAUAUAUAUAUAAUGGAUGUAAUUUAUUUUGAAAUGUUGUAAAUCUGUCGUCUCAUUGUUACGAUAUUUUUCCAAUUACUUAACAUCGUUUUGUGUUUUGUUCCAAAUUAAUAUUAAUGUUUUAAUUAAUUAUUUCAAUUAAUAUAACUAAUACUUAAUAAUAGCUGUUAAUACCUUAAUAUUCAAUUAAAAAAUGUUAAAAUGGUGAUGCGGUUCAUCUUAAACUGGACCUGACAAAUGGACCACGAUAAAUACCAGGAUGUUAAAACAAAAAUUCUUAUUGAAAACUUUUUAUAAAAUUCAAAGAAAUGUUUUAAUACUAAUUAUACUUAUUUUAGUUUUAUACUACCUUUUAAAGACAAUGUUAUAUUUACUUAUUUACACUUAUAAAUGUAAAAUGUGACCUACAAUACCUACACCUCCAAUGAUAUUAUUACAUCAUCGUUAGACGAACAUUGUUUGUGUUUAAUUUAAAGUGUGAUUGAAACUCGUCGUUUUGGAUCUUGUUGAAAGAAUGAUGUGUCGAAUGAUGAUUAUGUUACAUUAUAUAACUUCAUGAAGGUAAACUAGUAUAUAACAUCCCAAACAUUAACUAUUAAAAAUUGGUUUACUGAAUAAAAGGUUUAAAGUU